AUGAACAAAAAAAAGGUUACGUUUAAGAAUGAUGUUACAUACGAAAAUGCAGACCUGAAUGAAAAACACGAGUAUGUAGAGAGUCCUUUUUUUUUCAAAAGAGAAGAAAAUGAGAAUAGUUAUGAGGAAGAAGAAUUACAAGAGAUGCUAAGACAUUUCAAUCCUUUAGAUUUUGGUAUUAAAGAAAAAUUAAGUGAAAGUGAGAAAAAAAUUUUAGUAAAAGAAAUUAUGGGUAGAAGCAAAAAGUGUACUAUGAAGAAUAAUGAUAUGUUAAAUGAAGAAAACAAAUCAUGUGAAAAAACAAAAGAAAGGAAAAAACAAGAUAUUUUUAUCCAUGAUAAUAUAAUACAUAUGAAUGAUAAUAUAAAGAAGGAAAUAAAAGAAGAAGAUCAAAAUGGAAGCAAUAGUAAAGAAAAUGACAAAAAAAAAAAAAAAAAUAAAAAAAAAAAAAUAAAUAAUAAUGACAAAAAAAAUGAAUUGUCAUAUUUAGAUGGAGAUUGUUAUUUUCCAAAUGAUGGAUAUGAUUAUGAACAACAUUUAAAACCAAUAAGUAAAAAUUUUAUAGAAAUAAAAAAUAAAAGUGAACAAAAUUUUUUUGAAAUACAGCCAAAUAAUGAAGAAGAAAAGGAAUUGUUUAAAACAUUUGAUAUGGAUAAUUAUGAAGAAUUAAAUGAUAAUUUUGUAUGUGAAGCUCAAAAUGUAGAAGAAGUAGGAGAAUUAAAGGUUGAUAAAAAAUUAAUUUGGGGUAACGUACAGCCAUUUUUAUAUAUACCCAGUAAUGAUUAUAUGGAUGAUGCAGAAGAUAUGGUUAACAUGGAUAAUAUAAAUGAUAACAUAAAUGAUAACAUAAAUGAUAACAUAAAUGAUAAGAUAAAUCAUAAGAUAUAUGAUAAGAUAUAUGAUAAGAUAAAUAGUGAUGAUAUAUUUAGUACAGAUAGCGAUACUGAUAACCAUAUAAAUAAAAAUUAUAAUAAACAUAACAACAUUAAUGAGGAUCAAAUUAUUUUUGAUGAUAAAUUAAACGACAUAGGUUUGCACAAUAAUCAAGAUAUUUCAACAAAAAAUUAUGACGAAAAAGGAACAUAUGAAAAUAAUAUGGACAGCAUAAAAUUUAGUGAUCUCGUUGAAUAUCAAUGGAGAAAUAAUUUGAACCCUGUGAAUGAUAUAAAAAAAAUUAUUAAAAAAAAAAAAAAAGGGAAAAAUGUGAAAUUGAAACUUGAUGAUAUUAUUGUUAAUAUAAAUGAUGAAGACAAGAAAAAAAUUAUGCAAAUUGUAAAUUUACAAAAUGAAGAAAUAAGAAAUCAAACAAGAUAUUCAUCAAAAGGAAACGAUAAAAAUGUUGAAAAUGUAAAUGUAAAUGCAAACGAAAAUGAAAAUGAAGAAGAACAACAAAAAUAUGAAGGAGGAGGUCAUUAUUAUGAUGAUGAAGAUUCCUAUUCCGAAAACCUAGAACAUUCUUCUUCAUCCUUAAGUUAUGAUUGUGAAACAAUCUUAACAACAAAAACAAAUACAACUAACCAUCCAUAUAAACUAAUUAUUCCCAAACAAAUUAAACCAACCCCCCUUUUACUCAAUUCACAAAAAAAAAAUGAAAAUGAAACUAAAAAUAAAAAUAAAAAUAAAAACGAGGACAUCAAAUUGGAGCGUUAUAUGAUAUUAGAGAAGAUAAAAACUACCAGGGAUAAAAACGAAACGUUAGAAGAAAAAAAGGAAAGGAAAAAAGCUGUUAAGGAGGCACAACGGCUAAAUAGAAAAUUGAAAAAAGAAAACUCUCUACUAAUGAAGCAUGAGAAAAAGUUAAUGGACAAGAAUAUUAACCCUUUCGACAUAAGAGAUAAUGUGAAAUAUAUUAAACUCUGA